AUGUUAGAAUCUGAUGGCUGGUUUUGUGAACAAGAUUCUGACUGGAAACGUCGAAAAAUGAUCGAUCAUAUGCAAAAUAAACGUAAUCGUAUAUCGAAUGCUCGUAAAUAUUUUUUUCAAAAUAAUUGGGAAUCAACAAUCCAAUGCGAGUUUGCGCGACGCAUUGGUAAUACAGGUGACGGAGGUAAAUGGAUUUGUAAUAUACAUCGGUAUCAAGAAAUGAUUGAUACAAUUAUAUUAAUCUAUUCCUUUGGUUCUCAUGGCGACUUUAGUUUUGAACGAGCUAUUAAAAACGAAUUACCUAAUGCAGAAAUUCACACAUUUGAUAGAGACAUAUUUCAAUGUCCAGAGAAUGUGUGUAUAUUUCAUCAAGCCACUCUAGGUAGUAGAAAAAUCAAUGGUUCCAAAUCUUUACGAGCGGUUAUAAAUGAACUUGGUCAUCAAAAACGAGAAAUUCACAUUUUGAAAGUUGAUAUUGAAGGGAGUGAAUACGAUUUAUUCGAAGAAUUCUUUAAUUCGCAAACGAAAAAUCAAACUGGUGGUCUGUAUAUUCGUCAGAUUCUUUUUGAAAUACAUCUUGGCCGUGGCCAAAAUGAAGAACCAAGUCAACGCACACAUAGAUUAUUUGAGUUGUUUCGAGCAAAUAACUUUGUGAUAUUUCACAAAGAAUCAAAUUUAUAUGAUCCUCAGAAUGCCUUUGAGUUUGCAAUAUUACGAUUGAAUCCAGCUUUUUUUUCUCCUAUACGUUAA